AUGGAUUUUCCUCGUUCCCUUGUCCUAAUGACUCUCUUCUUUUCUUCACUCCUUUUACAACUAUCACUACCUUCAUUAACAUCAUCUUCUCGUGACCAUAGCAUUAGUUCUUUCCACAAAUGCCUCAUAAAUGAAUUCAAAAGAACAAACUUACCAUCAUCAUCAACAAACUCGAUUAUCAUCACGCCGCAAAACAAGUCGUCGUACGAGUAUCUCCUCCGACAGCAGAACCUCCGACCCGGCCUAAUCUCCCCAGUCAAACCCUUCCUAAUCGUCACGCCAAAAAACGAGUCGGAAAUUCAAGCCGUCGUUCGUUGCUCCCAGAAGCUCGGGAUUCAAAUUCGACCCCGAGCCGGUGGACACGACUACGAAGGCCUCUCCUUCACUUCAAAAACGCCUUUCGUCAUGCUUGACUUGAGGAACCUCAACUCGGUAACAAUAGACCUGAAAUCUCGAACCGCGUGGGUCCAAUCUGGCGCUACCCUCGGCCAGCUGUACUACGCAAUCGCCCGAGAGAGUAAAACCCUAGCUUUCCCGGGCGGCGUUUGCCCAUCGGUUGGGGUUGGGGGCCACAUUUCCGGAGGUGGAUACGGUAUGCUCAGCCGGAAGUACGGCCUCGCGUCCGACAACGUGGCUGACGCUCGACUAGUUGGAUCAAACGGCGAGAUUUAUUCCGACCACCGGUCGAUGCCGGAGGAUCUAUUUUGGGCUGUUCAAGGCGGCGGAGGCGCCAACUUCGGCAUCGUCACCGCCUUCAAAGUGAAGCUCGUCGUUGUUCCAAAAACCGUGACCGUGUUCACAAUCGUGCGGCCUUCGGAACCGAAGAACGACGCGACUACUCGGUUGGUUCGCAAGUGGCAACGCGUGGCCGUUGCGGCCAAUGAGAGCCUCAUGCUCAGGGUAACCCUUCGAAGCACGGGAAAUUCCAUUGUCAACCGAACUUCCGUGGCAUCGUUCACCGCGUUGUACCUUGGGCGGGGCCGCGAGCUCUCGCACGCGAUGCGGAGCGAGUUUCCCGAGCUCGGGCUAACAAAUGCCGAUUUCGAGGAGAUGAGUUGGAUAGAGUCCGUACUCUACUUCGCCGGCUUACGAAACCAGUCGAUCGAUGUUUUGAGAAGUCGAGACCCGCUUGGCCCAUUUGGGCCGUCCUAUUACAAAGGGAAGUCCGACUACGCAGGGGCUCGGGGAAUAUCGACGAACGGUUUGCAAGGAAUGUGGCGAUUUCUCCACGAAGAGGACGAAAACAGGGGAGCCGUGGAAUUUAGCCCGUGCGGAGGGGUUUUGAGCGAGGACUUGAGGCGAACGAGCCCCCAUUGGUCGGAAUGCUCGUUUAUGAUACGGUACGGUGCCACCUGGCACGAAGGAGGAUUUGAUGAGAUGAAGAGACACGUGGAGUGGAUAAGGAGUCUUUACGGGUGCAUGGGUGCGUACGUGCGGACGAAAAUGCCGAGGGCAGCCUAUAUUAACUAUAGGGAUCUCGACUUGGGGUCGAACGGGCGAGGGAGGAACACGAGCUAUGAGGAGGCUCGAGUUUGGGGGGUAAAAUAUUUCGGGGAUAAUUUUGAACGGUUGGCGCGCGCCAAGGCUCGAGUCGAUGCGGAAAAUAUUUUCUGGAACGAGCAGAGUAUUCCUCCUCUGCUGCCAAUGUAG